AUGAAGAAAGUUAAGCGUGCACAAGCUCAAAAGAUCUUUCUGAUUGACCUUUUGGGUCGCAAAAAAGACAGGCAAAGGAGAUAUGAAAAUGCUAAACGCUUCGGUAGUUCUAUGCUGGAAUCUGACGUAGCUUGGUGCAUAAAAUAUCUUGCUGCUAAGAGGGAGUUCACUCAUUCCUUUGACUCGUUCCUGAAACAGAUUGUCACUGGUAUCACGAGUGAAACCACAGUGAGUUUACGGACGAAAGCCAUGCGAUGCCUCACUCAGAUCAUCGAAAGUGACCAAUCUGUUCUUCUCAUGCCUGAAGUUUCUUCUGCUGCUCACAACCGUAUGACCGAUUCCAAUGCUGCAGUUCGUGAAGCGACGGUCGAAAUGAUUGGAAAAUUCGUGGUUGCCAAUUUUGACGCGAUUCCCACAUACUAUCCUCUCCUUGCGGAGCGCUUAAUGGACACCGGCGUCGCUGUGCGAAAACGAGUCAUUCGUAUAAUGCGAGAAAUAUGUGAGAAAUUUCCGCAUUUGGAGCAGGAGCAUAAUGGAAUAUAG